AUGAGAGGCACAAAACUAAUUUCUAUGACUGUUGGUAAUAUUAAAUUCCUAGAUUCCUUAAAUUACUUUCCUAUGGCUCUCUCUAAACUACCCGACGCUUUUGGGUUUUCUGAAUUUAAAAAAGGGCACUUUCCACAUCUUUUUAACACUGUAGAAAACCAAAAUUAUGUUGGAGUCAUACCUUCUAUCGAAUUUUAUGAUCCCAACAGUUUAAAAGAGGAAAACAGAAAAAACCUAUUAGAGUGGCAUUCCAAAAGAAUUGCGGAAAAUUAUGUGUUUGAUUUUCAAAAAGAAAUCAUUUCCUAUUGCAUGUCAGAUGUUGAUAUAUUGACACAAGCAUGUUUAAAAUUUAGGCAGCUUUUGUUAGAAGAAACUAGUGUAUGCCCAUUUAUGGAAGCAACAACAAUAGCGUCCACUUGUAAUAAAGUAUAUCGACGCAAUUUUCUUGAGUCGAACACUAUUGGAAUAAUUCCAAAAAGAGGGUACAGAUGGCAGGAUAACCAAUCCACAAUAGCAAUCAAGUGGUUGGUUUGGGAAGAAAAACAACGCAAUAUACACAUUAAACAUGCAGCUAGAGGAAAGGAAGUCCGGGUGGGCGGGGUGAAGGUUGAUGGGUACAUCGAGGAAACCAAAGAGAUUUUUGAAUUUGAAGGAUGUUAUUACCAUGGAUGUCCUCGAUGCUUUACACAUCAAAGAGAUGUACCUUUACAUGACACACCCUCGGAAACGAUGAAUUUGCGAUAUGAGGCUACUGUCGCUAAAAAGGAACGCUUGCGCUCUCUUGGAUAUAAUUUAAAUGAAAUGUGGGAGUGUGAAUUUAAGCAUCUAGUUACUGAAAAUAAAGAGCUGCGGGAAUAUACAGAAAAUCACCCACUUGUUUUACAAACACCACUCGAUCCUAGAAAGGCAUUUUAUGGAGGACGUACAGGAAACAUUUCAGAAUAUCAUAAAACUCAAGACGAUGAAAAAAUUAAGUACGUUGAUGUUUGUUCACUGUAUCCAUGGGUUUGUAAAUAUGGACAAUUUCCGGUUGGUCAUCCAACCGUUUACGUAGGCGAUGAAUGCCCUUCAAUAACCACUGUUUCGGGACUUGUAAAAUGUACGGUGUUACCUCCUCGAGACCUUCUUCACCCGGUUCUACCCCAAAAAAUGAACAACAAACUCAUGUUUGUUCUCUGUAGAGAAUGUGGAGAAAACCUCAAUUCCGAGGAAUGUGUACAUUCUGAUGAAGAGCGAGCUUUAACUGGUACAUGGGUAAUAGCAGAGGUUAAUAAAGCAAUUGAGAAGGGUUAUAAACUUAUAAAAAUGUAUGAGGUUUGGUCAUAUGAAACAAUUCAAUUUGAAAAUAAUGUUUCGGGGCUAUUUACAAGUAUGAUGAAUAAGUUUAUUAAGAUAAAACAAGAGUCAUCUGAUUGGCCAGCAAAUUGUCGAACACAAGAAGAAAAGAAUCAGUAUAUUGAAAGGUUUUUCGAACGGGAAAAUGUUAAAAUGGAUUUCUUACAGAUCAUUGACAACCCCGGACUACGCUCAUUAGCUAAACUUAUGCUUAAUAGCUUCUGGGGCAAAUUUGGACAGCGACAGAACCAGUCCCGGACUAGUAUUAUUAACACGCCUGCAGAAUUUUUUGGUAUGAUGUCCAACCCCUCGUUAAUUAUAAAUACGGUACUUCCUGUAAAUGAAACCACAAUAAUUGUUAAUUGGGAGUAUAGAGAGGAGGCUUCCGAAUCUUUGUCCACAGUCAACGUGGUAAUAGCAGCUUUCGUUACUACUUUGGCGCGUCUUAAGUUAUAUAGUUACCUUGAGAAAUUAGAAGAUAGAGUUUUGUAUUAUGAUACAGAUUCGGUAAUAUACGUAUCACGACCUGAGGCACUCGACAUACCAACAGGUGAGUUUAUUGGUGAUAUGACCGAUGAACUCGAGAAAGAAGGGUCUGGUUCGUAUAUAACUGAAUUUGUGUCAGGUGGGCCUAAAAACUAUGCCUACAAAGUAUGGUCUACUAAAGAUCAAGAUUUUAAGAUUACUUGUAAAGUUAAGGGUAUAUCUUUAAAUCAUUCUGCUUCUCAAAAAAUUAAUUUUAAUUCCAUCAAAAGGAUGGUUUUGAACCCUGGUGACCCCAUUCAAAUAAUUUCUAAACAGAUUAGGCGGACGAAAGAGCACGAAAUAAUUACGAAAGAAACUGUUAAAAAAUAUGAACCUAAAUCCACAAAACGAAAGUUUCUGUCUGAUCAUAGUUCAGUACCUUUUGGAUAUAAAAAGUCAAAAAUGUAA